AUGAAGGCUUCCCUUAUCACUGUCAUCGCUGCUUUGGCCUCUUCGGCCAUGGCUGCCCCUGCUGGCGGUCUCUCUGAUGUCAGUAUCCUCAAGGAGGCUACAUCCACCACCUAUGCUAUUCCCGCAGCAUCCCCAGCCCCCUCUUCUGGUGCCAGCGGCCACAUUGUUCAGGAUGCUGGCCAUGGUGUGAACCAGGUUCUCACCGUCACCGGCCCUAACGCGAAGAAGCUCCUCAUUGAGCUUAGCCCCCGUGUUGCUGGCCUCCUCUCCGGUCUCGGCCUUCCUGGUGUUGGCGUCUCUGUCGGUGAGAUUGUCAAGACGGCUGCUUCGGUCGGCGACCUGAUCAAGGACCUUGGCCCAGCUGUCGACGGCCUUCUGACUGUCGUCAGCAAGGACGGUAGCGCUCUUUUGAUCAAGCUGUCUUCUGACGUCGCUGGCCUUCUCUCUGGUGUCGGUCUUCCUGGCGUCGGUAUUCCCGUUGGCAACAUUGUCGCCACCCUUGGUGAGAACCUGAAGCGCUCCGCCGAUGGCCAGCUUGUUCAGGACGUUGCUCCCAAGGUGCAAGAUGUCCUCGAGGUCACCGGCACCGAUUCCAAGCGUCUCCUCAUCCAGCUCAGCCCCUCUGUCGCAUCUCUCCUCGCCGCACUCGGCCUCCCUGGAGUCGGUACCUCCGUUGGCCAGAUCAUCAAGACCGCCGGUAACGUCGGUGACCUUCUUAAGGACCUCGGCGAGCCCGUCAAGAACCUCCUCACUGUCGUCGCCCAGGAUGGCUCUUUCCUUCUCAUCAAGCUCUCCCCUGAUGUUGCAGGCCUUCUCACUGGUCUCGGUCUGCCUGCUCUGGGCACUUCCGUGGGCAGUGUUGUCGCUACUCUUGGCGCCAGCCUGUAA